CUCCUCACCAGUAUCAUUUUCUAUCCCAUAGCCCAGUCCAAUCACUGUCUGAAAAGUUGGCUUUGGGAAUGGUUCCAGUCUUGGGCUAACAGAAGGUCUGGGGACCAUGACCUCCGAGGUCCUUCUAGUCUCAGUCAGACCACUAAGUCUGGUCUUUUUACGAGAAUUUGAGGUCUGCAUCCCACUGCUCUCCUGCUCCUUCAGGGAUUCUCUGUUGUGUUCCUGUCAGGACAGUCAUCGGUUGUCUGGCUUUCUUUUUGAGUUCACGUUAAGUUCUUUCCUUUCUUCUACUCAAGGGAGGGAAACUUUGACUCUGACACUUGGUUGAGGAGUCCCUGGGUGGUGCAAAUGGUUAAGUGCUCGACUAGUAGCUGAAAGGUUGAUGGUUUGAACCCACCCAGAGGUACCUUGGAAUACAGGCCUGGUGAUCUGCUUCCCAAUGCCCACAGCCUUGAAAACCCUAUGAAGCACAAUUCUAUUUUGCAUGCAUGGGGUCAUCAUGAGUCUAUUAACAAACAACAACAAACCUAUCCCAAAAGGAAGGGUCAUGGGCUGAGAAGAUACCCUGGAAGAUAUCUACUAUAUACUUCGAAACUGUGAAGUAUGAAAAAGGAAUCCUAAAAGAGUUAUAAAAGACCACUACCUAGUUGGAAUAGGAUUUUAUUGUGUUGGCAGAAUGCAGUUCAGAACACUUACAGAUAUUUUAAAAAUAAACCUGUCCCUUGUCUUUGGUUCCAGGCCCACAAUGGAUGCCCUGAGACUGGCAAACUCUGCUUUCGCAGUUGACCUGUUCAAACAGCUGUGUGAAAAGGAGCCGGCAGGCAAUGUCCUCUUCUCUCCAAUCUGUCUCUCUACCUCCCUGUCACUUGCUCAAGUAGGUGCCAAAGGUGACACAGCAAAUGAAAUUGGACAGGUCCUUCAUUUUGAAAAUGUCAAAGAUGUGCCCUUUGGAUUUCAAACAGUAACAUCGGAUGUAAACAAACUCAGUUCCUUUUAUUCACUGAAACUCAUCAAACGGCUCUACGUAGACAAAUCUCUGAAUCCUUCUACAGAGUUCAUGAGUUCAACAAAGAGACCCUAUGCCAAAGAAAUGGAAACCGUUGACUUCAAAGAUAAAAUAGAAGAAACGAAAAGUCAAAUCAACAAAUCAAUUAAUGAACUCACAGAUGGCCGCUUUGAGAACAUUUUAGCUGAAAACAGCGUCAACGACCAGACCAAAAUCCUUGUGGUAAAUGCCGCCUACUUUGUUGGGAAGUGGAUGAAGAAAUUUCCUGAAUCGGAAACAAAAGAACGCCCUUUCAGAGUCAACAAGACAGACACCAAACCAGUGCAAAUGAUGAAUAUGGAGGCUACGUUCUGUAUGGGCCACAUUGACGAUAUCAACUGUAAGAUCAUUGAGCUUCCUUUUCAAAAUAAGCACCUGAGCAUGCUCAUCCUGCUACCCAAGGAUAUGGAGGAUGAGUCGACAGGCCUGGAAAAGGUUGAAAAACAACUCAACGCAGAGACACUGUUGCAGUGGACCAACCCCAGCACCAUGGCCAACGCCAAAGUCAAACUCUCUAUUCCAAAAUUUAAGGUGGAAAAGGUGAUUGACCCCAAGGCUAGUCUGGAAAACCUAGGGCUGAAAAAUGCCUUUAAUGAAAAUGCAUCUGAUUUCUCUGGAAUGUCAGAGACCAAGGGAGUAGCCCUAUCAAAUGUGGUCCACAGAGUGUGCUUAGAAAUAACCGAAGAUGGGGGGGAUUCCAUCGAGGUGCCAGGAUCACGCAUCCUGCAACACAAAGACGAAUUCAAUGCCGACCACCCGUUCAUUUACAUCAUCAGGCACAACAAAACUCGAAACAUCAUUUUCUUUGGCAAGUUCUGUUCUCCUUAAGUGGCGCCGCCCACGUUAAGUCCCACCUGCCUCUUCUGUGGAUGCAGAUGCCCAUAAACUCUGCAUCUAGAGAAGCACUUUCUAAAUACGACCAAUGGUUAAUACUGUUGGAUCAGAAACAACAGGUACUUGUCAUAUGUAGCCUCACACUCAUAGUCCUUCUUUUCCAAUUCUUUGCAUUUGUUUCCCUUUUUUUUCCUCCUGCAUAAAAGACAAUGACAUGCUUUUGGUGAAAAUGAAUCACCUCAGAGAACAAAUAUUUAUUCAGUAUUUGUUGAGCUAGCCAGGGUUAUUGACAGGAAUGGGUGAGCAAUCAUGUUGGGUUAUUCAGACAGUCUUCCACAAAGAAAAAUCCUAUAAGAAGGGUCUGAAGGAUCACAUUCCCAAAUCCCAAGGAUUUGCCUUCCCUCAGUGGGAUAUAGGAUGUUCUAGACUUCCGUGGAAGACUUCCCUGGAAGACUAAAGAAACUGGUGUGUGAGACCCACAGAAUUCCCCUGUGUCCAACAAAACUUGGGCACAUGUUCAGACUACUCUAGGUCCAGAACUUAUACUAAAUUCUGAGGUCAGGUGUUUUUUCAAACUCUGAAUUAAUCUCAGAAAGACAAUGUGUUGCAUGUGCCGUAAGCUAUAGAACAUCCUUGAUAGGACAGGGACACCAUCCUAUAAACCACUACUUUAACAUUUCUGCAACAAUAUGUUGACUGUUCACACAAAAUUUAUAAAGAUUCUAAGUAGCCUGUAAGCAGUCAAGUUUUGCUGCCAAAUGAGUAUGCCAGCGAUUUAUGAACUCAAACUUUGUUUUCAGAGCUUUUACAGACUUUGAAAUGCGGGAUAAAGGUAGCUAAAGUGCACCCCCCCGCCCCCAAGGGGAAGCUCAGAGCUCAUUAAACAUUGGCUUUCACUGUUGAGAGACCUGCCACCUGGUCAUUUGGUGGGCACUAGACUGGUGGCAGUGGCUUCUAACAGACACAACGAGUUUCGGAUAUCUGACAACAGAGACUUAAAAUGUACAGGAACUCUCACAAUAGCCAAUUAAAGAAUUUUAUGAGUUUUGAAGGGGCUUGUCUGCUUGCCUUAUCUGAUAGCAGGAGAAGGGAAGGCGCCUAAUACCUUUCAGAAAAAAUUUAAUGAAUGCUAUUAAAAUGCGCACAAGUCUUGACUCACUUCUUCAAAGUCGAUGGGUUUAAUGACUUUAGAUAGUGAGUUUGUGACUUACGUAGUCAUUUGUAAAAUUGCUAUGCCGCAUGUUCAUGCAUUAAUUCACUACUCAAAGAAUACACUCACUGAAGAUUUUGUCAUUUCUUCCUUCAUCUCUCCUGUGCUGUUCAUUGUAAAUAGGUUUGAUUUCUGUCUUCUUGCUCUGAAGGUUCAAUAUUGAGUUUCCCUUAUGCUAUC